UCGGCAGCCCCGGUCUCCCCCCCCCGGUCCCCUCCCGGCCCGGUGCAGGCGCGGCAGCCGGCGACACCCGGCGGCGAGGAGCGGCGCCAUGCGGGCCGCCGCCUGCCUGCUCUCCCUGGCGCUCUGCGCCCUCCCCGCCGCCCCAGGCUCCGAGCCGGCGGCUGCGGGGCGGCGGCGGGGCGAGAACCGCUUCGCGGAGCGCCAGAGCAUCAGGCCCCUGCGGCUGCUCGCCGGAGAGGGCGGCGGCGGGGCGCGGAGGCCGGCGCUGAGUACGCGGGUGCGGAGCGGCGCGGUGCGGAGCCAGUCUACCCACAUUGCUCGAGCCAGCUUUCAGGUUGAUGCUUUUGGUUCAUCUUUCAUCCUGGACGUAAUGCUAAAUCAUGAUCUGCUGUCUUCUGAAUAUCUUGAGCGGCAUAUCGAGCAAGGUGGAAAGGCAGUGGAAGUUAAAGGAGGAGAACAUUGCUAUUAUCAGGGAAAAAUUCGAGGAAAUCCAGUAUCAUUUGUUGCCUUGUCAACAUGCCAUGGACUACAUGGGAUGUUCUAUGAUGGAAAUCAUACAUACUUGAUUGAACCAGAUGAAAACUACUCUUCAGAUGAUGACUUCCAUUUACACUCUGUUUACAAAUCCAAGUUGUUUGAGUUUCCUUUGGAUGACCUACCAUCUGAGUUCUGGCAAAUGAAUGCUACAUCGCAGAAGUUUGUUGUAAAGCCAAGACACAAAAGAAGUAGAAGGCAGGUUCGUCAGAUUCCACGUAAAGUUGAUGAAGAAACAAAAUACAUUGAGUUAAUGAUUGUAAAUGAUCAUCUAAUGUGUAAAAAGCACCGCUUAUCAGUCGGCCAUACAAACAGCUAUGCUAAGUCAGUUGUGAACAUGGCAGAUUUAAUUUAUAAAGAACAACUUAACACCAGGAUAGUGUUGGUUGCCAUGGAAACCUGGGCUACUGAUAACAAGUUCACCAUAUCUGAAAACCCCUUGGUGACCCUACGUGAGUUUAUGAAAUAUAGGAGGGAUUUUAUCAGAGAGAAAAGUGACGCAGUUCACCUUUUUUCGGGGAGUCGAUUCCAGAGCAGUCGGAGUGGUGUAGCCCACACUGGUGGAAUCUGCUCCUUGCUUAAAGGCGGAGGUGUGAAUGAGUUUGGAAAGACAGACUUAAUGGCAGUUACCCUGGCACAAACCUUGGCCCAAAAUAUUGGCAUUUUCUCAGACAGAAGAAAACUAAUAAGUGGUGAGUGUAAGUGUGAGGACACGUGGUCAGGAUGCAUAAUGGGAGACACCGGGUAUUAUCUUCCAAGAAAGUUCUCCAAGUGUGAUAUUGAAGAGUAUCAUGAAUUUUUAAAUAAUGGAGGUGGAUCCUGCCUUUUCAAUAAACCAACCAAGCUUCUGGAUCCUCCAGAAUGUGGCAAUGGCUUUGUGGAAGAUGGAGAAGAGUGUGACUGUGGGUCAAUAUCAGAGUGUGCCAGUGAGGGAGGAGAGUGCUGCAACACAUGCACCCUGACGGCAGGCUCCCAGUGCAGCAAUGGGCUUUGCUGUCGGAAGUGUCGGUUCGAACCUAAAGGAGUUUUGUGCCGAGAAGCAGUGAACGAUUGUGAUAUUGCAGAGAACUGCACAGGAAACUCCAGUCAGUGUUCUCCCAAUAUUCAUAAAAUGGAUGGAUAUUCAUGUGAUAACAAGCAGGGCAUUUGUUUUGGGGGAAGAUGUAAAACCAGAGACCGUCAGUGUAAAUAUAUCUGGGGUGAAAAAGUGACAGCUGCUGACAGGUACUGCUACGAGAAGCUGAACAUUGAAGGGACUGAGAAAGGAAACUGUGGGAGAGACAAGGACUCUUGGAUACAGUGCAAUAAACAGGAUGUGCUUUGUGGAUACCUUCUGUGCUCAAAUAUAUCUAGUGUGCCCAGACUUGGAGAACUUGAUGGUGAAAUCACAUCGUCUGUCUUGCAGUUUGGAAAAGUCUACAAUUGCAGUGGUGGCCACGUGAAGCUCGAUGAGGAGACGGACCUGGGCUAUGUGGAGAACGGGACGCCAUGUGGGCCGAACAUGGUGUGCCUCGAACAUCGCUGCCUCCCCACUGAGUCCUUCAACUUCAGCACCUGCCCAGGCACCACAGACAACCAAAUUUGCUCAGGACAUGGUGUUUGUAGCAAUGAAAUAAAAUGUGUUUGUGACCGAUUCUGGGGAGGAGAUGACUGCAGUUCUCGCAUCAAGGAUGAUAUGUUUUUUGAUAAAGAUGCCAUCAACAAAGGUGUUGUUAGCACAAAUAUAAUAAUAGGGGCUAUUGCUGGCACCAUUUUAGUGUUGGCUCUCGUUUUAGGAAUAACUGCUUGGGGUUACAAAAACUACAGAAGGCAGAGACAAAUACCCCAGGGAGAUUAUGUAAAAAAGCCUGGAGAGGCCGACUCUUUUUAUAGCGACAUGCCUCCUGGAGUCAGCACAAACUCUGCAUCUAGUUCUAAGAAGAGGUCUGCUUUUCUGUCGCAUUUUCAGAUUUCUACCUGUUCCAUCACCCAUUAUUCCAUUAGUCAGAACAUUUCAUUGUUUUGCAGCAGGUCAAAUGGAUUAUCUCAUUCCUGGAGUGAAAGGAUCCCAGACACAAAACAUAUUUCAGACAUUUGUGAAAAUGGGAGGCCUAGGAGUAAUUCUUGGCAAGGUAAUAUAGGAGGAAACAGAAAGAAAGUCAGAGGCAAAAGAUUUAGGCCACGGUCUAAUUCAACUGACAGGGUAACCCAUGCAUCUGAGCCUGGGCUUUCUCUCGGCCACCAAACCCCAGCCCAAGGCAUAAGCCCAGAGGGCUCUGACCCCCCCCAAACAGGGAGCCAGGAUCACAGGUAUUUAAAUCCAUGGUUCAAAAGAGAAUAUAAUGUAGCUAAGUGGGUAGAAGAUGUGAAUAAAAACACUGAAGGACCAUACUUUAGGACACUGUCUCCUGCAAAGUCUCCAUCUUCAUCCACUGGGUCUAUUGCUUCCAGCAGAAAGUACCCUUACCCGAUGCCACCGCUUCCCGAUGAGGAGAAAAAAGCUAACAGGCAAAGUGCCAGGCUAUGGGAGACUUCCAUUUAGCUGCACUGUUUUCCUGGGGUGACGUCAAGAACUGUUUACUUCAGAUUUUAUAGAAACUCAGCAUUGCUGAGUCCUUGCACAUUCAUCUGCUCUUCAGACAAUGGGAAAGAUCAACACAGAUGCCCGUGAUCACAAUGGGAACCUCCUCUCAUUUGGAAGGGAAAAAGUGGUCUUUUUUUUUUUCUUUUUUUUUUUUUUUUUUGGUCAACCAGAAUUUUAUGGAUUUGGUGUAAAGAACAACCAAAAUCAUACCAAUUAACAGGGGAGUAUUAGACUGGACGUAUUGAGGCUGUUCCGCAUGAGAGAUACACUUACCUAGCAUCCCAGCUGCAGUCAGGUUGUGAGUCCCACCCAAGAGAGGUUUUUCUUGGGUUUAAUGCAGUUCCGAGUCAGACCAGACCAGGCUUGGGAAUGUGUGUUCAGGAGAACCCGGCCAAUGUAAACUUGUACGCUGUGUGCAUGAACCUUGUGUUCUUUACUUUCCACAUGUAAGGGAUAAAAAACAUACCGUAGUAGCAAUUAGCAUGCAGGAGUAAGAAAUAUAGAUUUAUUUUUAUUUUUUUUUGUGACAGGAUUUCAAGCUUUGAAAGGCAACUCUUUGAACCUAAAUGUCAAACAAGGAUUUUAUUUUUUUUUAUUUUUUUUUUUAACCUUACGUGUUUAUAAUCUCAGUAUACAGAUUGUAUAUAUGUAAACAUUUGAUAAUGUCAAAAAUAGCUGUUAUACAUAUGUGUAUUUUGCCAAAUGCCUAAAGAAACAGUCAUGACUAAUAUCAUCACACUUCAAUUUUUCUAAUAUUAUGAGCAGACAACUGUGGAAAUACAGAAAGUACAGUACUGUAAAGCCAUGUCUCUCAGAAACUGGUGUUUGACCAAAAUCUAUACUAUCUUCUAAGUAACUGACAAUCUCAAAUAUAUGGUGGAACACAGAAAUCAGUACAGUGGCACUUUGUCUUAAGUCAUCGUAAGGGGAACCAGCCAACAUACGCUGUCCAGUGAGAUGACCAGCGUAUUCUCACACCGGUGCGAUCAAGAAUGAUCCUCUAGACAACAGAGACAGAGUCUUGAACUAACGUGCAGUACAAACUUCCUGAAAAUUUGGGAACACUUUGAUGUAGUCAAUUCAGGAUGUGGUGAUGUGAAGUCCUUCUGGUGAGACUCGCUGUGUGUUUCUGACAGAGCAUUUCAGAUGCUGUUGUGGAUGGCAAAGUGUAUCUUAUGAGAAGCCUAACAAUUUCACUGCACUAGAUAAUAACAAUACUGGGCAAGUGGCCAGUUUCAUUGCUGUCUUUUUAUUUGUUUCUGGAAUCUCCUUUACCAUGUGCUAGGAUGCUCUGCUUGCUGCCCCUGAAGUCCCCUUGACAAUUCUGGGGGGCCAUAAACUGAGUACAAGUGAGUUUAGCCUAUAAAACAAACCAACCAACAAAAAAACAAUAAAAACCCCAACACCUUUACCAUGGAGAUGUUGGUCUCCCGAAUAAGCGGAUGGUGAGAUUUCUAGGACCUGAGACUUCUAAAGGGUGUUGUAAAAGCAAAUGUGGUCCUCUGACUGGAAAUUUUCAUUCAGUAAGAAAAUUGGACCAUAUUGAUUCAAUUUAUAGUUCUCCAGCUCUCCAAAAAUGACAAAUUCUUAGCUUUGGGUAGUGCCAUUACAGAAUAGCACACGUGAUUCUGUGUGGUGCAGCUGAAUACCUUGCCCAAUGACCGAACGAUCAAUUAGAUAUCAUUGUGAUGGGAACAUCUGCGGUGUUUCUGAAUCUUCUACCUCUUUCAUGUAUUUCCUUUAAAAAGUGAACCCAACUCUUUCAGCCUUUUAAUAUAUUUUUUUAACUUUUAAGUAAGUCAAUAAAGUCACGUAUAUGUAAGAUUAAAUUAAGAAAUGUCAGCAGCUAUAAAGUAUGUAAGAUUUUUAGAAGCACUAUAUUUUAUGAUUAGGCUGUGUGUUGGAUUAUAACAAAAUAUUGGAGUUCAAAUGAUUUCCUUCACAGUCGGCAGGUUCUGGUAAGUAUUUUGGAGAAAGGCAAAUAAGAGUGAAUACAAGUACAAGACAGAACAGCUGGAAGGAGCCAGUCACUUGUAAUUGCUUUAGGAAAUGAUUCUGCACUUUUGUGAAGAGUAAAUAGUUGGCAGCACAGAAGAAUAUUUUUUGCAAAGAUUUACUUUGAGUGUAGGUAACUGGAUUAAAGGUAGUUGGUAGCGUAUAGCUCAUGAAAUAAGGGCCUGAGCCAUAAUCACUUGAAAUCAAUAGAAUUCUUUUAUUGAUUUCACUGGACUUUGAGUGGGACCCUCAAGUUCACCUUAAUUAGGAAAUUAUGAUAGCCUCACAGCUCUUGUGUUACUCUGUUGCCUGGAAGCUGUUUUCCCCUUCCACAUUAGUAUCUUGUCUCUAGUAACUGGACUCUUCAUCAUGUGCCUUUUAUGAUAUUUUGUUUGGUUACAAACUAGCAUGUAAUUUUGAAUAAUCCUGUUAGCUUCUGGAGCGUGUUUCAUGUUUACCGCCCUUUACUCUUCCCUUUCCAUUUUGCCUUACCAAGAAGCAGCAAGAUUUGGCAAACAGAACUGGAUGUACCAUAUUGGCUGUUUGUGUAAUGUUCAUAGCUUAUUGUUUUGAAAACAAAUGGCUCUCCUGACUGUAUUUUCAAUGUACUAUGUACUUAGAGCUUCUCACAUGUUUUGGUACAAUUCAUUCAUAGCAUAUGAUGAUACAGUUGUGUCUGUAGCGUAACUUUAACAGUCACUUUCACAUUUGGGGCUAUGUCGUGACUGGAAGUCUAGUUAUGAGCUCUAAGUUUAAGUUAAAUAAACAUUGACUUUCUCUUUGAUGGUCUACAGUGAGAACAUCACAAACCUUUCAUUUUUUGCAAAAUUCUUCAGCAGAGAAUUUUGCAUCAACUUUGUAGCUUGGAGAUCUUGUCAGGGCACAAAACCUGAACUCUUUUCAGGUUCAGCCUGGGAAACUGGGCUGUGAGAGCCUCUAAAGCCAAUGGAGGUCAACGAAGAAGUUGCUUGCUUGCAUUUCUGUGGUUUAAAAUGCAGUGUGUUGAAAGCAGCCAGAUCUGUAACCUUGAAGACUGCAUAUAUUUUUAUCCAUAGUAGUUGGUUACACUGGUAAUAGCAAUAUAAAUUGCCGCAUAAUACCUCAUCCAGUCUCCAACAGAGCACUUGUAUUGUCAAUAAGGUAACUCAGUCAUUUUGACUCAUUCAGACUCAAACUUUUAUUUUUCUUUUAGUAAAUUAACUAGUUUUUGCCAGCUAUGCUGCAGAAACCUGUUGAAGUGGGUGGUAGUGGUGUGUAAUGUCGAAUACAUUACAAGUAUUUGUCCAUAAGAGCAUACAACCAGCAGGAUGAGCUAUACUUAACAUAUUUUAACAUGUGGGAGAAGAACCUUGUAUAAUUUAAAACAAAAUUAGUAUCACUAACUGAUGGAGUCUGAAAGUUAUAGACUGUAUCCAAAUAAUAAUGCUGCACAAUGAUGCUGCAAUUUAAUAACUAAAAAUAUACCUGCUAGUUCUGGAUUGGUUAAGAAUUUGAUUAAUCCAUGCUAUUGCCUUUUGGUAAACAUGGGCAGUAUACCAGAAACGGUUGGGACCGAUAAUUCACGUAUAAUUUUGUUACCUGAUUUAAGUAUGACAUAUAUCUUUGAAGACAGCCACUUCCAAAUGGUUUAUGAGUUUUGUUCCUGAUUUAUGACGUUGACCCUGCUAAGCUGAUGUACUCAUUAGAUAAUUUUGAUUAUGCUAAUGAACAAAUGGACCUUUGGGCUAUAGCCUUAAGUGAAAAGAGAAAUAAAUUAUGUCAGUAGCUAGUGUGCCGAAGUCCUCUUACCUGAAUCACUGUUGCUGGUUUUAAAUGGACGGAGGGGCCUUGUUAAGAUCAAUGGGACAACUGUUUUCAAAACCAGGGCUAUGAGUAGGUACAUACACUAUUUACGUGGCAUGCAUGCACUACAAAUUCAGACCAAAUUUACAUUCAUUUCAUUGCUUAGUAUCAUGGACACUCUAGACAUGGUAAAGGCUCUGUUGGCAUGUGACAAUACAUGAAGUUUGCUUUUGCCAUCAGGAUGUAAUGUGAAACAAUGAGACUCCAUAAGUCUAUGGGAUAAUAGGUUAGCUCUUAGCACUUGCUGUCAUCAAAUCCCAUACAGAGCUGUUGUAGCUGAACUUACCAAAUUCCAGUGUAAAACUGAGCAAGUUGCUGUUCCCUUUAUUCUGUCCCCUUUCCGCUCUUACUGAAAAGCAGUCCCAUGAAUGGUAAUUACAUCCACUAGCAGCCUCGUGUUGAUUGACUAAGAUCAAAAAGUUGCCAAGUGAGUGGCCUUUCCACACAAGAUAAAGUCUUUCCAGUGCUGUUACUACAUCUUUUGCUCUUGCUACAGUAUAGAUGAAAGAGUGUCAUGCCUCAUUUGCAAUUUGCACUGGUAAAACCAUUUGGUGGCUGUCAUCUGGUGUCUUUCUCAUCCUCUAGCAUUUUAGAAGGAUAAAUCUCCUAUCACUGUGAACCUAAAAGUCAUGCUACAUCCUCAUUUUCUUCCUCCAACUCUCAAAAGUAUCCACUUCUUCCUCUAAGUCACAUGAAUAUCCCUAUCAUUAGUAGACUGUGUUACUUUCAUCAACCACAAUGUAAAGUUGAUUUACCUCAUGUUUAAGAGCUUGAGCAUUCUCGUCUCCUCUGAUGCCAGUCUGACCCCAGUAUUUGCCUGGCUUCCAAACCAUACGGCAUUGAACAGCAAUAUGGGAUUUGACUUCAAUCAAAUUUCCUGAAGACAAAUAUAAAUAAGUUGCACGUUUGUACAGCUUGUCAGCCCUUGACUGCAUGGUGGGGUGAAGUUUCUAUGUGCAAAUAGCUAUCACGGAGCUAUAAUAAAGAAAAAAAAAGGAAGACAGUGAAGUACAUUGUGUAGAUAUAGUUGCAGUAUAGAUAGGACUCUUAAGUGUGACUUCACCUGAAACAGGAAAUGAAGUGUCUACCAUUGACACUAAAAACUCCUUUGACCCAAAUAUUUUCCAAGUUGGCUUAUGAGAAAUAUUUUUGGUACCUCAGGUAUGGAUGCUGAUGUAAGCUAAAGCUUUGGAAACAGUAGCUCCUACAGCCGGCAGAUGGUGUGUUGUCAUUCCAGAGCAGUUUCCUGCAACUAAUUAGGAAUGCACUACAACAAUCAACACAAAUCAGUUGUUAUCUCAGUCGAGUAACCAAAACGAGCAGUGAAAAUAACUUCAGAACACAGAAAUGUGUUUGGUUGCUCACACUCAAGAAACUCUGUCCCUGACUUUCAAAUUGGCUCACCGGGCUGGGGCUGGCAUUUUUAGUUCUCUAAAAUCCAGCCUACACACGUUUAAAAAAAUACUUUAGCUAAGCAAGCUCUAAACUGUUUGAAAACUUUGGUUACAUAGACAAGCUGUAACAGCAAUAUAGCUCAGCAUGAGAUGAGGAAGAUUGGUGAAAAGAAGGCCAGAGUAGUUAAAAAGAAACAUUCUCUAAAGGGAGAAGCAGAGGUGUCACACUGUUUUUAAUUACAGGAACAUAAAAAGUCGAAGCAACAAGCUUUUUUUUUUUUUUUUUUAUGUAUCCUCUGAUUAAAAAAAAAAAAAAAAAAGUUUUGGUUAAAAAAAUCUUAACUUGAGGCCUUAAGACCUUAUAUAUUCUAACUUUAGCAUGGAGAGUCUAUUUUUACAACCAAAUUAGGAAUUCUGUAUAUAGGCCUGACUGACCAUGUAAGUAUAGUGGUGCUAGCAGCUAAUCAUGCAAUAUUGUAAGGCUCUGUACAACAGUAAAUGCUGAUUUAUUUUGAAUAUUGGUACAAGGACUCCUGCUCACUGCCUGUGUAGAGAAUCUAAAUAUUUUAUGCUUGGAAAUACAGUCCAGAACAUAUUCAAACUGUGAAUAUAUAACCUGAUUUUUCUUUUCUUAAGGGUAAAGAUGUAUUACAAUAGGUAGUGUUUUAUAUAGAAUACAGUACUUAUUUUUAUUGUUGCAUAAAAGCAAAAUAUUUUUUUCAGAAUAGCAAAGCAUUACAGAAUUUUUAAUCUGCUGGAGAAAACACUAUUUACAGUAUGAUGUUCUUUCAGCAAAGCUUUGGGGGUGGUAUAUACCGAUUGGCUCUGCCAGCUUCAUUUUGUGCUAAUGUUUAUCUUGGGCAUUGCUGUAAGAAAAAGCUAUUUUUUCACUCAUGCUAGCCCUUACUGGUAAAACAUUCAGAGAGGCAAGGAGAUGUGUUUCACCACUGGGGCUGGGCUAAUGUUUGCAAAACCAACCAAUCUACAUCAUAUUGUUGUCUUUGCUAAUUAAAAUCCUUUAAAAAUUGUACAUGAUGUAAUAGAAACGUAAGAUUUUGACAAACACCAAAAUGAAGCAUUGCAAUUUACAACUUUCGAGCUUUGAGUGUGAUAUUUUUGUCAUCAACAUUACAGGCAUUGGGCUGUUGAAGUGAAUGAAUCUGGCUUUCACGUAGCUAAAAAAAGUUGCUUUUUAUAAAAUAAGAUCAUUGUAAUUUGGUUCUAAAUUCCUGCUCACUUUUAAUAACAGCAUCACAGUAUCCACUUCUAUGAGAGUAUUUAAUACAAAUGCCUGUGGUUUUCAAUGUUACUAACAUAUUGUAACAUCAGUAAAGUGACUUUCAAUGACAA